GUAAGCGCUUCAGCCAGCAGCUAGCUCGGAUACAGGAGCGCGAAAAGGAAAUCGAUUGUCUAGUCGUUAACUAUGCGCCACUGUGCGGCGACAUAGAGUCACUCAGCCGUCGCUACUGGGAGGCACUGGUGGCCAGCUUGCGGACCUCCAUCCUGGACAGCAUCGCCGAGAUACAGGAGUAUCUGGCAUACUCGUUCAAUGUUUUGCAGAACAUUCCCCAGGAUGAGCUGGGCAUUGCGGAGUCGAGCGCCAAGUACGAGAAAAUUACGAGCGAUCUGCCCAAGAUGGGCGAGCUGAUGAAAUCGUUGCAAGGGAAGGAUUCGUGUUUGGCGGGAUGGUGUAAGGAGCGAGUUUCCGCGCUCGGUGGAAUUGUCUUGCAGUGGAAUCAGCUGCAGCCGCUGAUUGACAACCAUCAGACGCUGCUACAGGGUCGCCUCGACAUCAUUAAGGAGAACAUUCUACGGCAAAUCCAUGAACUGAACGAUGAGGCGGAAAAGUUUGCGAUCCGCUGGGAAUCCACGAUCAAGGAUCUGGAGACAAAUGAAAAUGCCGACAUGACACUGUUCCGCGAUCGACAAACUCAAUGGAAGCAGAUUCUUACACAACGGGAAACGCUCAACAAACAAACGGAAAAGUUUAACAUCACCGUCCCGAAAGAAUUCCACGAGGUAUUCACCAAACUGGAGCAGGACAUCGCGGAGCAGGGCAAGAACUGGCAGCAGUUCAACGAGUUUCUGCAGGACUUUGAUACGGUGGGAAGCGAAGAGUGGACCAUCUAUCGGCGUCGUCCACACAUUUUGACCGACUUCCUGGCACGCUGGGACCACGGUGGUGCAGGACUCGUUGGGCAGAACGUAGCGAACGUCGCCAGCACACGCAUCAGCACCAUAAUCGAUCGCUACCGGAGCGCCCUGCCAGUGCUGACCACUCUCCAGUCGGAUGCACUGAUCGAGAAGCACUGGGCGCGCCUGUGCAUGCUACUGUCGAUCGAUUCCCGUUCGCUGCACGAUCUCUGCCUUGGUGAUGUCCUGGCAGCCAGUGAUCGAUUGCUGGAGCAGGCCGGCGAAAUCCAGACGAUCGUCCGUGGUGCUGCCUCGGAGCACGUGAUCCGACAGGCGAUCGUUGAGCUGGAACAGUGGGCUGCCACUGCCACCCUGAAGCUCAUCGACUAUACCGAUUCGCGUGGUACGCCCUUGAAGCUGAUCCGGGAGUACGUCGAAACGCUUAACAAGAUCGGUGACAAUCAGUUCCUGCUGCAGUCGGCUAAAAAUUCGUCUGCCGCGUUUGAGUCGUUCUCGGAUCAGGCGGACGUGUGGGAGGAGAAGCUGAACAAUCUGGACUACAUCGUGACGCAUCUGAACCAGAUCCAGAAGCGCUGGAUCUACCUGGAGCCCAUUUUCGGUGCCGGGACGCUGCGCAAGGAGGAGUCUGUGUUCCGCAGUAUCGAUAAGAACUUUCGCUACAUCAUGCAGGAGAUUGCGAUGGAUCCGCGGGUUGUUUCGGUCCAUCGUAUCAACAACAUCCUGUCGAUUAUCGAUACACUGCAGACGCAGAUCAGCCGGUGCCAGAAUGCGCUCAGCACGUACAUACGGGCGAAACGGGAUGCGUUCUCGCGUUUCUACUUUCUCUCCGAUGAUGAUCUGCUCGAGCUGUUGGGUCAAUCGUCAAAGGAAGUGAUCGUUCAGAAGCACAUCCGGAAGUUGUUCCCCGGGAUUUAUCGGCUGAUGAUCGAGGAGGAACAGGUCGGUGAGGCCGGCGAGGUGAAGGUAAUCGGUUUUGCCAGUGAAGAAGGGGACGAGAUUCGGCUGACGGGUGUCGGCAUACCGAUCACCGGUGUACCGGUUGAACAGUGGCUCGGUAGUCUAGUGGAGCGAAUCAAGGAAACACUGAGUGGUUUGAUCGGUCAGUGUCUUCAGGUCGGUGAUACGUACGAGCUCGAAACGAUCGAACGGUUCCCGAUGCAGAUCCUUUGCCUGGUGGCGUCGAUCAACUUCACGCGCCGCACGGAGAAAGCGAUCGUUGGCAUGCAGCUGCCCAACCUGAAGCAACACAUUCAGAACGAGAUUGCCCGCUACUCCGGUGCACUACAGCAGCAACAGCAACAGAACACUGAAUCGAUGCCUGGCCGACACUUGACCUGCAUUAAGCUACGAUCGCUGCUGAUCGACCUGGUACAUCACCAGACGACGGUGGACUAUCUCCUGGCACACAAUGUCACCAACCUGCACGACUGGUACUGGCUGCAGCAGCUCAAGUUUUACGCGUCGGGCCCUGGAGCCACCGCAGGCACCAACAUCACAGUGCGCAUGGUGCACGCCGAAUUCCGCUACUCGUACGAGUUCCUCGGUAACUACAACAAGCUGGUCUAUACCUCGCUGGCGCACAGUUGCUACCUCACACUAACGCAAGCGAUGCAGCUAGGCCUCGGUGGCAAUCCAUUCGGUCCGGCCGGUACCGGUAAGACCGAGUGCGUUAAAUCGCUCGGUGCCAUGCUCGGUCGGUUGGUGCUGGUGUUCAACUGUGACGAGAACAUCGAUAGCGCGGCGAUGGGCCUAAUACUGUCCGGGCUGGCCCGGUGCGGUGCCUGGGGUUGUUUCGAUGAAUUUAACCGGCUGCAGGAGGCCACGUUAUCUUCAAUAUCGAUGCUAAUCCAACCGCUACAACGAGCCCUUAAAGAACGCCUAACGGAAGUCCAGAUGAACGGCGAGACGGUACCACUGGAUCAGCACUGUUGCGUGUUCGUGACGCUCAAUCCGGCCGGUGAAGAGUACGGUGGCCGCCAGCAGCUACCACUCAACCUACAGGCCCUGUUCCGUCCGAUUGCCAUGCAAGCCCCCCGUCCUCAACAGAUCGCCCGAGUGACACUGUUCGUCGAAGGAUUCCGAUAUGCCGAUCGCAUUGGCUACCAGAUCGUGGAACUGUUCGAGUUGUCACAGAGAAUUCUCUCCCGUCAGCGACACUACGAUUGGGGACUUCGGGAGCUGAAAGCCAUUCUGUCGGCUUGUGGUGGUGCUUUGACCGGUGGCGCCUCCUCCAGUGACACGGCAUCGUACGAGCGAGAGGCCGCCAUCGUGGUGAGCGUGAUCCGGGCUAACCUGAUGUGCCGUCUAACGGCCACCGAUGCGACACGAUUCGAUGUGCUACUCGGGAACGUGUUCCCCGGUGUUCCCCUCACAGCCAGUACCGAUGUGGAGCUACGUGGCGCCCUCCAGAGUGCCUUCGGAACCAUCGGUCUGCAGCAGAACGAACGCCAAAUCGACAAAUGCCUAGAGCUGUACGCGCAGCUCCAGAAGCGCAUGGGUGUGGUAGUGAUGGGACCACCACAAUCCGGCAAAACCACCCUCAUCAACCUGCUCAAAGAAGCUCUGCUAGCGCAGGGUCACAUCAUCCGGCUGCAUACAAUCUCCCCGAAAUCGAUGGCCCGUGUGCAGCUGCUCGGUAAGCUCGAUCCGGAUACACGCCAAUGGACCGACGGUGUGCUGACCUCGCUGGCCGUCGCCGUUAAUGCCGAGAGCCGUAACGUUACCUCCUGGAUCGUGUGCGAUGGUGAUGUGGACCCGGAGUGGAUCGAAGCCCUCAAUUCGGUGCUCGAUGAUAAUCGACUCCUGACACUGCCAUCCGGUUGGAGGAUUCAGUUUGGACCGAAUGUGAAUUUUAUCUUCGAAACACAUGACCUGUCGACCGCUUCACCUGCCACCAUCUCCCGUAUGGGGAUCAUAAAUUUGAGUGCUGCCGAUCUACCGUACCAGCUGAUCGUCGCUAGCUGGUUGGCCGGCCGAAACUCCAGCAUGACGGAUUCGACGGAACAGCUUGCAUCGUACUGUGAUCAGCAUCUGUACCGAGCGCUGGAUUGGAUCGAACAGCAUCAGGAGCGUCCUGCGGGCUACUCACUCGUGAGUCUCGCUCAGUCCGCCCUCGUGGCGAUCGAGACAGUAUCGGGUUCGAGCAUAAGGAGUAGCGAACACUUCUGCACCGGACUGUUGUGUGGGUUGAGUGGUGUGCUGGGUCGGCAGGGGAGUAAAAAUGCGCUCGCUAAUCAGGUGUACGGGUGGGCUGAUAUCGCCGUGACGGAUAGUGCGGUCGCUGAGUAUCAUUAUUACAACAGUUUCCGUGAUAUGAUCGAACUGUACGGCACGGACGACAUAACGGGAGCGACGAUCGAGGCAGGCAGCUACACGAACGUGCUCGUCAAGACACCGCUGAUGAAGCUGGCCAGUGAGCUGCUGAAGCGGAUCGUUGGUGCCCGGGAGCGUCAGACCGGUGCGCUGCUGUUGGUUGGACCGAGUGGCAACGGGAAGAGCUUACUGCUGCAAAGCAUCGUCGCUGAGUUCGCCGGCUAUCAGCUGGUAACGAUCAACUGCAGUGCACAGCUGACGACGGCCAGCAUCCUGUAUACGCUCAAACAGAACUCGCUGAUCGUGACGACGGUGAAGGGUAAGGAGUAUCGACCGAACUAUGCCCGGAUUGUGCUAUACUUGCGCAAUCUCGAUCUGUGUGCGGUCGAUGGUUGGGGUACGUGCGAGGUGGUCGAACUGUUACUGCAGUUAAUCCAUCGCCACGGGUUCUACAGUGAAGGUGUUGAGUGGAUCUGCGUCAGUGGGGUGCAGGUGUGUGCCUCGAUAGCGGAUCUCGAGAAGAGCGGCCUGUCGCCUCGCUUCCUGUCCGUCUGUCGAUUGGUACGGUUCGGGUAUCCAUCGGAGCAGGAUAUGGAGAGUAUCGUCCGGAGUAUUCUGUUGCCGGUGUACAACCAGCUGGCGAAGGGGACGGUGAGGGUUAAGCUAGGCGAACUGGUGCGUUCGAUCAUCAACGUGUACUUGCGGAUUAAUGAGCGGUUCCAGCAUAGCGAUGCUACGCACUACCGUUUCACACCGAAGAUGAUCGAGAAGUGGAUUGCCGGAUUACUGUUCUAUCCACAGGAUUGCUUCGAGAGGGCACUCCAGUACGAAUGCCGGCGAAUCUUCCGCGAUCGGUUGGUUAUGCUGGAGCAACGGCAGCAGCUGGAUGAGGUAUUGCGCGAUGAGUUCCGUGCACUACGACCGAUCGAUGGGAGUGAACUGUUUGCCCCGAAGGAAGGCACCGGUCAGAGGCAGCGUGGCGAGCUGGAGAUGGUUUCACUGGAACAGUGGCAUCAGACCGUCGACCACAGUGUUUCUAUAUGCAAUGCGGAAAGUGUCAUUGUGGACGUGCCGAUGAGUGCAGCAUUCUACGAUACGGUGGCCGCAAUCUGCCGGGCACUGGUGCGCCCUUCGGUUAAUCUCGUCCUAGCCGGGCGUAGUGGUUCCGGACGGUUGCAAGCACUCUACGCGGCUUGCACGCAGCUCAACGUUAAGGUGGCGAUGCCUCAGAUGGCCCGCCAGUACGGUACGGCCGAGUUUCAGACCGACCUUAAGAUCACGAUGCAAAACUGUGCCCUCGAGGGUGAACCGGUGGUCUUCUGUUUGCACCAUGCCGUCGCUAACUUCCUGCCCGAUACGGUACGCACCUGUGAAGCCAUCUUGGCCGGUGGUGAGCUGGCCGAUUUUUUCGGUGAUGAUCUGGAGAACAUUGCCGCUCCAUUGAAGGCUCAGGCAGCACUCGAAUCCUACCAGAGUUCACCGGUGGCUUACUUUGUGCAGCGUCUCAAGCAGAAUUUCCAUCUGGUGCUCGUCCUCGAGUCCGGUUGUCCGACGGUAAGAGCGCUGUUCGAAUCGUAUCCUGCGUUGUAUCAGAAAACGGAAAUGAUAUGGAUGCUACCCGAGUCUUGCUCACGGGCGGACGAUUUGCGCACUUACCUGGCAACGAUCGUGGGUGUUGGCACUGGUGUUCGUGGAGAAACGACUGCGAGCUUGGUACCGGUGGCGAAUGGUGAACACGUGGCGAUACCGUUGCCCGCUUACUUUAACGAUCUCAUCGAUCUGAAACUCUCGGAGUGGAGCUUGUGUCCUCUGCGGCGUACGCAGCUUCUGCGCUGCUACGGACACCUGUACGGACUGGAGAAGAGUCGCAAGGAGCAACACAAAUCGAAGAUCCAGAUCGGUGUCGAUAAGCUGUCCGAGACGCACCGAGUGGUGGAGAAGCUGAAGCUCGAAGCCGAAGAGAAACAGAGCGCACUGGCUGAGAAGCGCCAGCUAGCGAACCAAUCACUGGACAUGAUCGCCAACACGAUGCGCUCGGCCAACGAUAAAAAGACGGAGUUGCUCGAGUUGCAACGCCAGACACAGGAAAGCAGCGAGAAGUUGAUCGAACGAAAGCGAGCGAUCGAAGAGGAACUGAGUUUAGUAGAGCCAGUUCUGCGUGAAGCGAGUGCCGCCGUUGGACAGAUCAAAACGGAGGCCCUAUCGGAGAUCCGGUCACUGCGUGCUCCUCCGGAGAUCGUGCGCGACAUACUGGAGGGUGUGCUGCGGUUGAUGGGCAUACGGGAUACGUCCUGGAACAGCAUGAAAACUUUUCUGGCCAAACGGGGCGUUAAGGAGGAUAUCCUGUCACUCGAUCCUUCGCGCAUCGGACCGGAGAAUUGUGCGGCGGUUGAGAAGCUGCUGGCGGCCAAGGCGGAUUCGUAUGAGCAGCGCAAUGCGAAACGGGCGUCGGCUGCGGCGGCACCGUUGGCCGCCUGGGUCAUUGCGAACGUCAAGUACGCCAAGGUGAUGCAGAGCAUUAAACCACUAGAACGGGAGCAGCAUCAGCUGAAGGAGAAUCUUGACCAAGCGGAAGCAUCAAUGCAGUCACUGUCCAGCGGACUGGAUAACGUUAACGAUACUGUCCGAGGACUAUCGGAGCAGCUCAACGUCUACACACAGGAAGCUGCCAUGCUUGAGAUCAAGCUGGAAGAUGCCAAAAACACGCUACACACUGCCGAAGUGCUGGUGCAGAGCCUGAGCAGCGAGUAUACGAGCUGGAGCAACGAACUGGACGAGCUGAACCAUGCCAUCGCUCACCUGGACGGAAGAAGUUUCAUGACCGCCCUAAACCUCACGCAACUCUCCCAAAUGAGUCUUGAAACGAGAAGAGCAUGUAUGGCAAAGGUGGCCGAACUAACCGGUACUCCAGUGUUCGAGCUUGAUCAGCAGUUGGUUAGCAAUCAGGAUAAGAUCAUUUGGGAGAGCAUGGGCCUAACGGCUGACCAACAGUACCGUGAAAACGCCGGCAUGCUAUCCAAGUACUUUUCGCUACCGUUCUCCUCCACACCCGUUCCACUGCUCAUCGACCCUUCCGAGUAUGGCCAACAGUGGCUGGUCAACUAUCUGGCAUACCUGAACCGCACCACCGAACUGACGAGCCAGAGCGCGGAGCGGUUUGCGUACAGUCUCGAGCUGGCCGUACGAUUCGGUAAGGUGCUGAUCGUCAAGAACGUAAACUCGAUCGAUCCGCCGCUCCUCUCUCUGUUCUGCACCGCCGUGCAGAGCCGUUUCAACAAGCGGUUGGUGCAGGUCGGCAAUAAAACGAUCGAUCUGCACGAUGACUUUAAGCUGAUCUUGAUCACACAAAAUGAGAAUCUCGUGGCACAGAUUGGCGCCGAUCUGAGGGCACAGCUGAUGGAGCUUCGGUUCACGACGACGGUGGCCGGCCUAACGGACGUGCUAACGUUCCGCUGGGUUCACACGAAGCAACCGGCGAUCGAACGUAAGCGAACGGAGCUGCUGCAAGAGGAGGGCAAGCUGAUGAAGGAGAAGCUGAACCUGCAGGACAAGCUACUUCAGGAGUUGUCGGCGGCCCAGGGUGAUAUACUGAAGAACGAACCAUUGUUGGCGACACUGAACAGCAUCAAGGCCAGUGCGGUGGCGAUCGAGAAGUCACUGGGUGAGUUUGUUCAGGUGCGAGAUACGAUCAUGGAGCACUACAUACAGCGAACGGUGCUGAGCGAAAUGGCGGCCAAGCUGUACAUGGGCAUACGAAGGUUCUAUCCACUCAGCGUGACGAAGUAUAUUGCCAUCUUUCUCAGCGUCAUCGACAACGAUAAGCAUACGGGCCAGGAGGCCCUGUACAGUAUUCUGGUGCGGCGUGUUUACUCUCUACUCAGCCGUAGCAUCCCGAAAGAUGAGCAGAUCAUUCUCGGACUGAACGUGUGCAAGCAAGCGUUCCCUGAGCAGUUGCCGGACCGGGAAUGGGAAUCGUUUGUCCACAACUUUACCAACGCUGACGCCGGUGGUGCAGGAGAGGAAAGGGGAAUUCCUGCUUGGGUAAGACCGGAGCAGAAGGCCAAAGUGCUGGCACUGCAAACACUCCUUCCAGAGCUGUACCAUCGGCUCGAACUGCACAAUGAGUCCAAGGAUUGGAGCCGAUACACGGAAGGUGAUGAAGCGGUCGCUCCGGUAUCGCUGACCGAGUUCCAGCAGAUUCUCAUAGCACAAAUCCUACGUCCGGAUCUACUCAUCCGCACCAUCCACCGAUCGGUGCGUAAUCUGUUGGGAUUGAAAACACUCUACAGCACCCGUCCGUCCGUUAAAGCGCUGGCAGAGGAAUCGACACCAGCGGAACCGCUGUUACUGGUCACAUCGUCCGGUAUCGAUCCGGCCGAGGAGAUCCGUGAACACGCCCGCCAGACGACCGGCGUUGGGUUGGCAAAGUACAGCGAGUUCUCGAUCGGCAAGGGCCUGGAGAUGGAGGCACUGAAGCUCAUCAAGGAUGCCGCCAACACGGGUAGCUGGAUCUGCAUCAAAAACGUGCACACGGUGCCGACUUUUCUCGUGUCCACUCUGGAUGAUGCCCUGAAGACGGUUCCUCUGGCGGAAGGGUUCCGGCUGUGGUUGACUUCGGAAACGGAUCGACAGAUUGGGGAGGUGUUCCUCAAGAAGUGCCUCAAGGUACUGUACGAGCCACCGGCUGGGUUGAAGCACAAACUGAAGCUCCUACUCGAGCAGCACGAUCUCGCGUCGAUCGGUAGCAAGAAGCGGGACUUUAAGACGAUCAAACUACACGUGGGACUGUUUCUGCUGCAUUCGAUCGUACAGGAGCGACGAUCGUACAUCCCUCAAGGUUGGAGCAAGAGGUACGACUUUUCCGAUGCAGAUCUGCGCACCGCCAUGGAUAUGAUCCAGUACGUCGAAGCGGCCAGUGGUUCGAUAUCAGCGGGAGCAAAAAUCCAGUGGCCCGUGGUACAGGGAUUGUGCGAGAAGCUAAGUUACGGUGGUCGCAUUGAUAAUGAGCAAGAUUUUCAACGCCUCGAGCACCUGGUGCGUGAGUUUAUCGAUGAGAAGAUCAUGACGAGCCGUUGGCAACCGGCAUUCCUGGGUAUUACGGUGCCGAACUCGAGCCACAUCGAGGAUUACGUGAAAGCGUUCGAUCAGCUGCCUGAUACCGACAGCCCAACACUUUAUGGCAUUCCGGCGUCCACAAAUGCGUCACGGGAUCUCAUCUUCUGUCGGAAUACACUGAAAGCCCUCCGCUCGCAGUACUUCUCGGCCGGCACGGUACAGAACUACGAGAAGCGCCUGCGUCCGAUUGUGGGUUUGUGGCAAAAGCUGACGAGCAGUUCGGGCUCUCACUCGGGAACGGGUUCGAUCGUUACGCGAUUCAAUUCGCUCAUCGAACGAUCCCGGGACAGUGCGGAUCCGUGGACGAUUUUCGUUGUCUCGGAGCUAACGAUCGCACGUGAUCUGCAUCUCACGAUCGGCGAGACAUUGCAGGCGCUGAAGCUGGCCCUUAAAGAUGCUGGUUUACUGAAUGCGAAAGAUCGGUCCCUGUUGGGAACGAUCUGUGACAAUCUAGUGCCGGUACAGUGGCGUCGCCUCUGGAGUGGCCCAAAGACAGUGAUCGAGUAUCUACGAGCCGUCACGUUUAAGACGGGUCAGGCGGAAACCAUGUUUAAUACGCUGCUGGAGCAUCAAACGAUCGAACGGGUGGAUUUGAAUCAUCUCUUCAACGUCGAAGCCAUGCUAUCGGCACUGAAGUUGUGCAGAUCAAGGGAACUGGGUGUCUCCACGACGGAGCUUACGCUUGGUGCAAAGUUUAACGGCAACUCCUCGAAGAAUGGUAUCCAGGUGGCACCGAUUCUGAUCGACGGAGGUACCUUGAAGAACAACAAGCUAAUCAUUCAACAAACAUCCACAAAACAGCAGACAACAGUCGAGGCUGCCUCAACGGGGCCGUUUGAACUAAGCUACCAACAUCAACCGACGGAUCGGAGCGAUAGAUCAUCCCGGGACGAUGCGAUCGCGGUACCACUGUACAACAACAUCUCGCGUGAUGUGCUGCUCUGUUCGAUCCUGAUGGAUAUUGGUUCGGGGCUGAGCAAAAGUCAGAUUAUCGCCGCCGGCAUUGCUCUGAUUGUGCCGGAGAGCUAUCAGUAG